AUGGGUAAAUUCGGACGACCCGGGGACGGCGGCGGCGGCGGUGGUUUGCGCGUCGCCGGCGGUGGCGUCGUGAAGCGAGGGAAAGGGGGCGACGAUCGGAGCGCGUAUCAAGGGAUUCAGUUCUUGAAGUCGUUCGGGCAGCACAUCCUGAAGAACCCGGCGAUCGUGACGGCGAUCAUCGACAAGGCUGGGGUGAAGAGCACGGACGUGGUGCUGGAAAUCGGGCCGGGGACGGGAAACUUGACGACAAAGUUGUUGGACGCGUGUAAGAAGGUUGUGGCGGUGGAGUUCGAUCCUAGGAUGGUGUUGGAGUUGCGAAGACGGGUGCAGGGCGAUCCGGUGUGGAACUCAAAGUUGGAGAUCAUUCAGGGGGACUUUUUAAAGGUGGACCUGCCGUACUUUGACGUGUGCGUGGCGAACGUUCCGUAUCAGAUUUCGUCGCCGUUGAUCUUUAAGCUUCUGGCGCAUCGGCCGAUGUUUAGAAGCGCGACGUUGAUGUUCCAGCGAGAGUUUGCGAUGCGAUUGGUGGCGCCGCCGGGGGACUCUUUGUAUUGUCGCCUGAGCGUGAACACGCAGCUGUUGGCGCGGACGCAACAUAUUUUGAAGGUUGGUAAGAAUAACUUCAGGCCGCCUCCGAAGGUCGAUUCGUCGGUGGUGAGGCUCGAGCCGAGACAUCCUCAGAUUCCCGUCAACUUCAAGGAGUGGGACGGUCUCGUGCGGUUCUGUUUCGGGCGGAAGAACAAGACGCUCGGGGGAAUUUUCAGGACGAAAAACGUCCUAGAAUUGUUGACAAACAACUAUCGCACGUAUAAAGCGUUGAAGGUGGUUCCCGAUAAGAAGGCGGCGAAGGCGGCCGCCGCUGCGUCGAUGGACGUCGACGUGUCCGAAGCAUCGUCGCAAGAGGUGGUGAAGCAGCUCAUCGAGGACGUGCUCGCGACGGAUGGAUUCGGGGAGAUGCGCUCGAGCAAGAUGAGUCAAGACGAUUUCUUGCGCCUUCUCGCCACGUUCAACUCCAAGGGGAUCCACUUCGCGUAG